UUUCCCUGGUGACGGUUGCCGGGGCAGCGCGCGCAGCGUCCCGAAGGGGUGGCGGAGCCGCGAAGAGCCUAGACAGUGAAAGUUGAGAGACCGCAGGCAAGAAUGGCAACGGAUGAAGGCUCACAGGACACUUUGCGGCUCCAGUUCAAGGCAAUGCAGGAGAUGCAACAAAAAAGGUUACAGAAACAAAUGGAGAAGAAGAAGGAAAAGGAACUGAGCCUCAAAAGUAGAAGUGAUGACCAAAAAGAGUCCUUGGAGGUCUCAGAUGACUUCAGCCCUUUCCAAGCAGGGGAACAAAAUGCAAAAAACAGCUUUGAGCAGAGGGUGCUUGAAGACGAGAUUGAACAGCUUCAAGAUGAACUCAGGGAAACAGUCGAUGAGAAUGGGCGAUUGUAUAAGCUGCUGAAAGAAAGGGACUUUGAAAUCAAACACCUAAAAAAGAAAAUAGAAGAGGACAGAUUUGUCUUCACAGGGACAGCCGGUAUGGCUGGAGAUAUGGUUGCCACUAAAAUUGUUGAGCUGUCCAAAAAGAACCGGGUGCUGAUGGCAGAAUCAGAGGGUGCAAAAACCAAAGUGAAACAGCUGACCAAUCGCAUCCAAGAGCUGGAGCUGGAGCUGCAGACAACCCUGGCCAGGCUGCCGGCCAAGGGGGCCACCGAUACAGGAGCCAAGCCACUGAGGACCCAGACGGGAGACAGAGCCUUGCUGGAGACCCCAGAGGUGAAGGCCUUGCAGGACAAGCUGGCGGCCACGAACUUGAAGAUGAGUGACCUCCGCAACCAGAUCCAGACUGUGAAGCAGGAGCUGCGGAUGGCCCAGAAGGUCUUGGCCAGUGAGGUUGGGGAAGACGUCAAUGUCCAGCAGCUCCUGUCCUCACCAGGCACCUGGAGGGGUCGAGCACAACAAAUUCUCGUUUUGCAGAGCAAGGUUCGAGAGCUUGAGAAGCAAUUGGGCCAGACCCGGAGCCAGUCUGUGGGAACAGCCAGUGAUGAGUUGUCCAUCCAUCCAGACCCAAGGAAGCUGUCAGCACAGGAGAAACACCUGCUGAGGAUCCGCAGCCUGGAAAGGGAGAGACAGGAAGGCUGGGAGAAACUUGCCAGUGAGCGGGAUGCCCUACAGAGAGAGGUCGAAGAGCUAAAAAAGAAGUUCGAGGGCGUGAGGUCUCGGAACAGGGUCCUGUCAAGUGAGGUGAAGACCCUUAAGAGUCAGAUGGGAACCCUGGUGGAGAAAGGCAGGCAUGACGACGAGCUCAUCGACGCCCUCAUGGACCAGCUGAAGCAGCUGCAGGAGAUCCUGGGCAGCCUGAGCCUGCAGGAGGAAAGGACGCGUGCAUCCCAGCACCACCUGGACCAACAGCUCAACAGCGAGGCUCAGCAGAGCAGCAGCCUUGUUGCCCAGCUGCGGGCCAUGGUGGCUGAGCGGGAGGCCAAGGUGCGGCAGCUAGAGAUGGAGAUUGGACAACUCAGUGUGCAGUAUCUCCGGAAUAAAGGAGUGGGUGAGGGGUCCACUGAUCCUGAGGUCAGCCCCACCUACACCCAGUUCCUGGAGGACCCGGGCCUGACCAAGUCCCCGGCCUCAGCAGGCGAGCACGGGGGCAGGCUUGGAUCUUCUCGCUCCAUGACCAGCCUGGGCCACACACUGGUGGAAUCUGCUCUCACAAGGCCGUCCCUGCCCAGUCCCCACAGGACUUCUCCCAGGUUCUCGGACUCCCCAGAACAGAAAGGCUGGCAGGCACAAAUGACAGAAAUCAAAGCCCUCUGGCAGGCUACCGAGGUGGAGCGUGACCGGCUAACUGAGUUUGUCACUGUCCUGCAGAAACGGGUGGAGGAAAGCAACAACAAGCUUCUGGAGUCAGAGAGGAAGCUGCAGGAGGAGCGACAUCGUGCCGUGGUGCUGGAGCAACAUCUGGAGAAAAUGCGCCUGGAGCCUGGGAGGACGCCGGCCUCACAGAGAGCAGCCCUCAGGAACACAACAGGUCUGCCUACCUCUAACCCCAAGCACAACCCGACCACAAACGAGAAGAAGGACCCAUCCUUUGCCCAGCUCUCCGAUGUGCCUGUGGAGUCCCAGAUGGAGGAACUGACCACCAGGCUGGCCAUUCAGGUGGAGGAGAAUGAAAUGCUAAAGACUGCCUUGGACAGUGCCCUGCGGGGAAAGGAGGAAGACUUCCGGAUAUACCACGAGACCCUGGGCCAGGUGAAGGGGGUCUUCCUGCAGGCCCUGCGGCAACAGAAGGUGGACAAGCAAUCGGCCGGGCGGGGCAGCUUCAGGAAAAGCCACCUGGGCUCCUGGGACCCUUUCUGCCCAGUCCCUUCCUCAGGAAAUGGGGCCUAUGCAGGGACCUGGUGCCGGCUCUGCUCCUCACCCUCACUCAGGGAGCCACCAGCCCUGCAUGGGUACACAGGUCUAGAGCUCCCACAGCAAGGAUCCUCCCUGCGGCUCCCUGCGGCCAGCAGCUCUGCAGCACUCGGCUCCGCUCCACUCCGCUCAGCUCUGCUCCAGGAAGGCCACCUCCUCUUCUCCCUCCUCCUCCUGCUGUCACCACUCACCGCUCAUAGCCUCGAGGGGGACCAGGGGAAAGAGGGCACCCCUGUGGCCACCAGCCAGCCCAGGGCCGGGGGUCUAUCAGGAGAGGCCCCGGCUGGUGGCCAGCUCCUCUCAGAGGCCUUGCUGGGGACACCCCGCACCGGCCAUAGGAAGCUAAAAUUGGAAAGUGGCGAGUGGGAGGCAGCUGACAAAGCUAUUUCGCGGGCUCUUCACCAUGCUCCGGUUUCAAGCUCCUGCUCCAUUAACCUGAUCCCCAGGGCCUCCCUCCCCCCACCCAGCUGA